CAGCUAUCUCAGCGCUUGGUUGCCGGCUGACACGCAAGCAACUGCCCCACGACUCGCCAUCGAGGCCUCAUGGCAAAGCCACAGAAUGGCCUCGUCAAGGCUUACCUGAUCACCUACAACACCUUGUCAUGCGCAGCUUGGGCGUACAUCCUCUUCUCGCUCGGUCUGCACCUUGCCACACCACCAACGUCUGGCUCUUGGCUGUCUCGUCAUGUUGGUGGUAUCCUUGAUGGGAACGUCCCAGCUGGAUGGGCAUAUGAUCUCAUCGAACGCUCCUCGACGAGCUAUGACAGUAUUGGCGAUCUCGUGCGGAUCGUCCAGACAUUCGCCAUCUUGGAGCCGAUACACAUUCUCCUCGGAUGGGUCAGAAGUGGUCUACCGACGACGAUGCUGCAAGUGAUCUCACGCGAAACAAUGGUGUGGCUCGUCUGUCAUACUCUAUUAGAAGACCAAGUCGAGGCACCGGCACAUACGGGCAUGGUACUCGCAUGGAGUAUCACCGAAGUCGUGCGCUAUACGACAUAUGCCACCUCACUCUUGGGAUUCAAAAUCGCUGCACUCGAGUGGCUCAGAUACAGCAUGUUCUAUGUACUCUAUCCGCUGGGCGCGGUGACCGAAAUGGGUCUCAUGUACGAAGCGCUCCCGUCUGUCUGUCUUCUCUGGGGAAUCACCAUCGUAGCUGAUCAUCGUGUCAGUGUUAUCGAAGAGCGAUAUGGAAAAACAGCACAGAUGGGCUCGAUCGUCCUGAUGAUGUAUUGGCCUCUCGGCCUGGUUCGCAUGAUGACCUACAUGGGUCAGCAACGCAGCAAGUAUCUCAACGCGGAUCGGACAAAGACGACUUGAAACGAUGCUAUGCAUGUUUGACGCGCACUAUGCUAUACUAUGCGAU